AUGCGUUAACGAAAUCUCAAUCUAUUACAAUGAACUUCAUUAUAUAUGUGUUCUUACUGCCAAAAGAAAACAAACAUUUUACAGCACGUGCAAAUUUCUGGUAAAAAUGACCAACCUCCGGAAGGAACUUGAAAAAUGUAAGCACCCAAACAGUAGGAAAACGAAAGCUUUGAGCCGUAAAGCACGUCGACAGAAUAACAAACACAAAGCGCGCUUAGGUCAUGCAAUCAAAAGCAAUAUAAUGGGAGAGAAACUCUGUUGGUUCUUGGAUCACAUUGAUGACGAGCGUACCGAACCAUUAGCUCCGCAGGAAUUCGAAGAUCUUAUCUCUCUCUAUCUGAAACGUUUUGACGAGGAACUUGCGCAUAUUGCCCUAAAACAGUCCAUCAGCAAAAACCGCUCGAAACAACAUGCGGCUCGGCAGGAUGUUAUCAGAAUUACGCUGGAGAAGGAACGCAAUGAAUAUCAAAGCGGAGGGAUGGAAUUGUUGAACCUUUGUGACCCAGCAAAGUUUAAAUCGCUAAUGGACUGGGAUGGAAGUGCUUUAAGUAUUCAACAUCUUAAACUAGAUCUUGUUUCGCACAACCUGCUACAGCGUUUAAAGAGUGCAGCCUCUCAAAAUAGUAAUGAUUCCAAUUCUGAUGUCAUGUGCUAGCUGGUUCCUCUAAAUCAGAGCAGAUGGGAAAAAAAGCGCAGGUUAUUGUUAUAAUUAUAAGGUUAUUGUUAUAGUUAUAAUUAUAUAUAGUAUACAGAAUUUCCAAUAUAUUCUUGAGGAAUGCCGCUCGAGGGGUAAGUACUUGGUCCAUUGUAAAACGGGAUUGGUUCCGUAAAGUAUACCCGAUUGUCGUCAGAGCGGCUUCGGCUAAGAAAAUUUUAAAUUGUAAUUACAUAUUUUUUCCUCUUGUUAAUAAAACUGUAUAAACCA